GCCAUGUAUACAUUUGUAUUUAUGUAAUUUUUAUUUAUUUAUUUUGCACUGAGCAAUCUCAAAAUGACGUUUCGGGUGCCCCAGAUCCAGCAAUAGGUGGCCCAGUUACCUUAAAUUCUCCACAGAGUCAUGAUGAACCCCAUUCCAGGCUCUCUCUCUCUCUCUCUCUUUCUCUCCUGCUGUUGCAGACUUGUCUCUGCUAGUCAAGUGUAACGUAGUAAAACAGUGUCACGUCAAAGCGCCCUGCCCUUCCUGCUGCCUUUCCAGUUUCCAUCAUCAUAUGGGUGUCAUGGGUCUCGGCUUCGCCUUCGGCCGUGCGCGGUUUCUCAGGGACGACAUAAGCUACUGCUGCGUAUCCAGGCAUCAGAUCAUCCCCGAUCGCGUUUGAUCGUGACGCUGGAUAUAUUCAUUGUUUCCGGCGUGACAUUGUUAUUAACGAUGACUCUUGCAGCUGUGCGCAUUCCCAGGCAACCCCCGUCAUGAACACGCACUAACCGUUUCAUUUCUUCUGUCAGAGCCGGUCAGCGGUAUUGACUGUGGAAAGCUGAGCCUCGGUCAUUCAUACAGCGAAAACAGUAACUCAAAGGUCGAGCAGAGCAACCGGAAAACGAAAGGAUUUUAUUCACACCCCAUUCGUGGUUCUCGACAAGUACACAAAAGAAAAUAUUUUGAAAGUUAGACAACACAUUCUACAGAACAAAGACGGGUUUGGAAUGAAAUUAUGGCCUAGGGCAUGGGCGGAACCAAGAGUAAACCCAAAGAGCUCGGCCCGCGCUCCCGGAGUCUGGACGACGGCACCGGAGGACACCAUCACAGUCCCAACCAGUCGUCCUUCACACCCAACCGGAGUCCGCCGGUGGACGGCAGCAGACGCGGCACCCAGCCCAACAUCAUCAGCGCGGAGCAGGCGCUGUUUGGAGGCGUGAACUCGAACAACAGCAUUACGUCUCCUCACAGGGUCGGCACGCUGUCCGGCGGCGUGACCACGUUUGUGGCUUUGUAUGACUACGAGUCACGAACAGCCACUGAUUUGUCAUUCAGGAAAGGAGAACGACUCCAGAUUGUCAAUAACACGAGAAAGUUGAACCCCAGGGAAGGCGACUGGUGGCUGGCUCGCUCGCUGACGACGGGAGAGAGUGGAUACAUUCCCAGCAAUUACGUGGCACCGUCUGAUUCCAUCCAGGCUGAAGAAUGGUACUUUGGAAAGAUCACACGCAGGGACUCCGAGCGCCUCCUCUUGAGUCUGGAAAACAGGAGAGGAACUUUCCUGGUCCGAGAGAGUGAGACAACCAAAGGUGCCUACUGUCUUUCCGUUCUGGAUUACGACAACGUCAAGGGUCUAAAUGUCAAACAUUAUAAGAUCAGGAAGCUGGACAGCGGGGGAUUUUACAUCACGUCGCGCACUCAGUUCAGUACAUUACAGCAGCUGGUCAACCACUACCACCAGCACGCAGACGGCCUGUGUCACUGUCUGACUGACGUGUGUCCCGUGCUGAAGCCUCAGACUCAGGGCCUGGCACGGGACGCCUGGGAGAUCCCACGGGACUCUCUGAGACUGGACGUCAAACUGGGCCAGGGCUGCUUCGGAGAGGUCUGGAUGGGCACUUGGAACGGCACGACAUGCGUGGCCAUCAAGACCCUGAAGCCUGGCACUAUGUCUCCUGAGGCCUUCCUGCAGGAAGCACAGGUGAUGAAAAAACUCCGGCACGAGAAGCUGGUGCAGCUUUACGCCGUCGUCUCGGAGGAGCCCAUUUACAUCGUCACUGAGUACAUGGGACAAGGAAGUCUGCUGGAUUUCCUGAAGGGUGACAUGGGGAAAAUGCUGCGGUUGCCUCAGCUUGUGGAUAUGGCCUCUCAGAUCGCCUCUGGGAUGGCGUAUGUGGAAAGAAUGAACUAUGUGCACAGGGACCUCAGAGCUGCCAACAUCCUGGUGGGUGAUAACCUGGUGUGUAAAGUGGCUGACUUCGGCCUCGCUCGACUCAUCGAGGACAACGAAUACACAGCCAGACAGGGAGCCAAGUUUCCCAUCAAGUGGACUGCGCCAGAGGCGGCGCUUUACGGCCGCUUCACCAUCAAAUCUGACGUGUGGUCGUUUGGGGUCUUACUGACGGAGCUGGCGACCAAAGGCAGGGUGCCUUAUCCAGGUAUGGUGAACCGGGAGGUGCUGGACCAGGUGGAGCGCGGCUACAGGAUGCCCUGUCCCGCCGAGUGCCCCGAAUCCCUGCACGAGCUGAUGCUGACCUGCUGGCGCAAGGAGCCCGAGGAGCGGCCCACCUUUGAAUACCUCCAGAGCUUCCUGGAAGACUACUUCACCUCUACUGAACCACAGUACCAGCCGGGCGAGAACCUCUAGAGAUGCAGAUCCAGUCAAGUGUGAGAGCAGCAAAAAGGAUAUCAUUUCCCUUACCGGGAAAAAGAACGCGGGAUGUUUGUGGCAUAACCCAACCAAUACUGAUCCACACGUGACGACAACGUCGCAUCCAGCUAAAUCAGCCCAUUUAAAGCAACUUACUGGGUUUUCACAUGGUCUCAAGUGUUACAGCAUUAUAAUCGCAUGUUUCUCCACUUUCAUCGCAGAUGAGCUGCAAACAGCAAGACAAGAUGCAUCUUUUCUGCAAAUAAAUUCAAUAACAAAUUGCUUCUUCAGCCGCCGUUGUUUCUGCUGAUAAUUGAUCCCUAGCUGUUUUCUUGACCUCGAUAUACCACCACUUCUCUUCUAAACCCUUUUAGCGGAUGCUCCAGAUCUGUCAUUCA